AGGUGCUUUAUAAUUAGCAGCCUUAACUAGCAUAAAGUCUAUAGAAGCAAUUCAGGCUUAGCUAGAGUAGACGCAGAGAUCGAGAUGGAGGUGGUGCAAGUACUUCAUAUGAACAAAGGAGAUGGCGAGACUAGUUAUGCCAAAAACUCCACUGUUCAGAAAAAAACAAUAUCUAUCGCCAAGCCAACCAUUGAGAAAGCAGUGCUAGAAAUCUUGGGGUCCAAUAUCAUGGGAAUAGAGAGCAUGGGAAUAGCAGAUUUGGGUUGCUCCUCUGGACCCAACACCUUCCUACUCAUCUCGCAUAUCAUGGAUGUAAUACAUGCUAAAUUUAGCACGGUUACAGAGCUUAGAGUGUUUCUAAAUGACCUCUUUAGCAACGACUUCAACUCCAUCUUUAUGUCACUCCCAGCCUUCUACGAUAAACUGAAUAAGCAAGACUAUAAUAAUGGUCAUGAUCCUGAUCAGCAUGUAAAUCCCUUAAUUUCUGCUGUGCCCGGUUCGUUUUACGGUCCAUUGUUUCCCAGAAAGAGUAUGCACUUUGUUCACUCUUCUUUUAGUCUUCACUGGCUAUUUCAGGUCCCCGAUGGCCUAAACAACAAAGGAAAGAUUUACAUGUCUAAGAGCAGCCCACAGUGUGUGUUGGAUGCAUACUCCAUGCAGUUUCAGAAAGACUUUGCUGUUUUUCUGAGGUCUAGGGCACAAGAAAUAGUCGACGGAGGACGAAUGGUGUUGUCCUUCAUGGGCAGGCCAUCCUCUGACCCAACAGCUGAUCAGGGAACUUUCUACCAGUACGAGCUCUUAGCCCAAGCAUUAAUGGCCAUGGUUUCCAAGGGUCUUAUAAAAGAGGAGAAGGUUGAUUCCUUCAACUUGCCCCACUAUGCUCCAUGUGCAGAGGAAUUGAAUUUGGUGUUACAAAAAGAAGGGUCUUUCAUCAAGGAACACCUUAAAGCAUUCGAAGUUGAUUGGGAUACUGGCGGUGCUGAUCUCGAUCAUCAUAACAUGCCUAACGGUACAUUUGACGAUGAUCAAACUGUUAGCAAUGGGCAGCAAAUGGCCAAUGGCAUAAGAGCCGUGGUUGAGUCAAUGCUUGAAUCUCAUUUUGGAAAAGAGAUAAUGGAUGAUGUGUUUCAGAAAUAUGCGGAGCUCGUUAGCAGGCACUUAACAAAUAGUACCACUACACCCAAGUAUACGGUUUGGGUCAUUUCACUCGUUAAAAAGACUUGAAUCUUCACAUCUUUUACUCAUUUAUCUAUAUUUGUGUUUAAUAAGAGAGAAAGCCCUAGCAUCAAAUUUCCUUCCCCCAUCCAUCCAUCCUUCUUUGUCUUUAAUCGUGUGUAAUUGCUUCCAGUUGUGUUACUGAGUUCAAUAUGUGAUAUUUGUAUGCAUUUAUGAAAUUCUAUCCUAUUAUCACUUUUUAGAUCGUAAUGAAUAAAACGAUUGUCAUUGUUGCAUGGCAUCAAUUAUAUAUCA